ACAAACGACGUCUUGACGGAUCUGGAUCCUGCUGGAAUUCUACGGAUCAUACAAAACCCAGCGACUUGACCCAUCUUUUGUGGCCUCGCGCUCGAACCCUUGCGAAUCCAGAGAUCUCGUUGAUUACACCACCAGCAUUCGCUUAUCUGCCAUCAAAUUCACAAUCUAGAAACCCCCGCUUGAGUUGCGUUUCGUUUAUUCACUGCAAUUUUCGGAUUUCAGAUUUUUUAAGACUUGCAGAAGUAUGGCGGAUCAGUAUGCUAAAGAAGGUUCAAGCUCAAGCAAUGUUUCUGGGGAAAAUUCAGAGUCUAUUGUUGACCUCAAUAUUAAAACUCUAGAUUCGCAGUUAUAUAAUUUCAAAGUGGACAAGAAUAUGUCCGUUUCAGCUUUUAAGGAGAAAAUAGCUAAUGAAAUCGGUGUUCCAGUUGGCCAGCAACGGUUGAUCUUUCGGGGAAGGGUAUUGAAGGAUGACCAUCCUCUUUCUGAAUACCAUGUGGAGAAUGGGCAUACAUUACAUUUGGUUGAAAGGCAGCCAGCCCAAUCACAAUCUCCAUCUGAUACCAACUCUGGGGAGACUCAUGGGAAUAAUGGUAAUCGAGGAAAUGAUCCUAGCACUGGUGUGCCCCGUAAUCGUUUGGGGCAGAUAUCACAUAGUGUCGUUCUUGGGACCUUUAAUGUUGGGGAUCAAGGUGAAGGCAGUGUUCCGGACCUCAGUCGGGUUAUUGGGGCAGUUUUGAAUUCGUUUGGGAUUGGCGGGCAGACUGCCAGCAAUGCUCCUAGUGGUACACAGUCCUCUACAUCUUCACCCACGCUGAAUUCUCUUGGUCAGGUUCAACAAGGAAAUGAGACGGAUGGGAUGCGGGGUGGUGUGGGUGGCCAUGUCCUUCCUGGAAAUCAGGCACAGUUUCAAUUUGGACAGCCAAUUCCUGAUGCUUUGAACACGCUUUUGGAGUUUAUGAUGCGCAUGGAGCAGGCACUAUCACAAAUUGGGAAUCAAUCAAUUCCAUCCUCAACAAGUGCAGAAGAGUUACCAAGGUUAGAGUUACCUUCCAAUGGACGGGGUUUAGCAUCGCCUGAAUCACUAAGCAUUGUUCUCCGACAUGCUCAGCGGCUACUCAGUGGUCCCAGUAUCAAUGCACUAUCUCAUAUUGCAGGACGUUUGGAGCAAGAUGGUGCUUCUUCCGAUCCGGCUAUAAGGGGGCAAAUUCAGACAGAAUCAGGGACGCUUGGCCUGGCAAUGCAACAUUUAGGUGCUCUUUUUCUAGAGCUUGGGCGUGCAAUUUUGAUGCUGCGCAUGGGACAUUCUCCUGAAGAGUUUUCUGUGAAUGCUGGGCCUGCAGUUUACAUAUCUUCGUUAGGGCCCAAUCCUAUAAUGGUCCAGCCUUUUCCUCUUCAGACAAACUCCCUUUUUGGCAGUUCUGGUUCUCCGGCAAAUCCCUCAAAUGUUGGCCCACUUGGUAUUGGAAAUGCACCAAGGCACAUAAAUAUUCAUAUACAUGCUGGUACGGCCUUGGCACCUGUUGUUCACGCAGUUGGUGCUAGGCUUGGUAACGGAGAGGGGACACAGGGAGAGCGUGGCAAUGGUACUGGUUCUGGAGGUUCAGGUCCAAUGCGGGUGCUACCUGUGAGAAAUGUUAUUGCUACAGCCGUCCCAUCUCGUUCUACUGGUGUUGCUGUGCCAAAUACAUUGCAAGCUGGUGUAGGUUCUGUUUCGCCGCCGGCACCCGACACUGUAUCACUUUCUUCGUUUCUAGCUGAAGUUGACUCACGAGUGGGAAACUAUAUCAGUGCUAUGCAGGGAGAAAACCGGGUUGCGUCAGUUAAUGACAUGGGCAAUGAACACCCUAAUAAUACUACUGUCAAUGAAGCUAGGCAAACUGGUGUUGCUCCUUCACCAUGUGAAGAUGAUGGUCGUACGCGACAACCUGAAUCUCUCCGAGUUGGAAACAGCGAGGCUAUGGGAAGUCUUUUCAAAGUAGAAGAUUUACCAACAGGUUCCUUGGAAGACUCUGUGACUUGUUCAAGGGAAGAUACUACUGUAGAGUCUGAAACAUCAGAAAAUGCUCCAAGUUCCAGUGAGAAGCGUGAUCUGCAGCCGGAUGCUAAAGCUGCUCCCCUUGGCUUGGGGCUAGGGGGUUUGGAACGGAAGAGGCGAAGCAAACAGCCAAAGCAAGUGGUCAAGGCUGGUGAUAGUGGAACAGACAGUUCCCCUCCUGGUACGAACACAAUCACGGCAACUAGUGGUUCUUUAUCCGCCGGGGUUAAUAGAAACAUGGAGUGUAGAUCAUCAAUCGGGCAAGGUUCUCAUGGUCAAUUUGACACAGCUGGUGCGAUGUCUCAGAUUCUUCAGAGUCCCGCUCUGGAUGGUUUGUUGUCGGGCGUUUCAGAACAAACUGGAGUUGGUUCUCCAGAUGUCCUGAGGAAUAUGCUGCAACAGCUUACUCAGAGCCCUCAAAUUAUGAGUACUGUAAACCAAAUUGCGCAGCAGGUUGAUGGCCAAGAUAUUGGAAACAUGUUCUCGGGGUUGGGGAAUGGCCAAGGGGGCGGCAUUGACCUGUCAAGGAUGAUGCAGCAUAUGAUGCCUGUCGUUUCUCGUGCUCUUAGCCAUGGCUCAGCUGCACCUCAACCUUUUCCCAGCAUGGAACCUGAACCCCAGCAAGUGUCUAACAUGGUAAGCUUGAGGGGAGCUGGAAAGUCGGGUGAUCAAAAUAUCGAGGUCAAUGUUGAAGGAGUGGCUCAGAUGGUUCAAGGCUCAAGUCGUGCUUUAGAUGUUUUCCAUGCUGUUGCUGAAAAUGCGGUUCGGUUGUAUGCUGAUGGGAGCAGUUCUGACGAUCUUGUGGGUGAGCUGUGCAGCAGUGAGGAUCUAGCGAAUGAUUACUUGGAGAUGCUACGGCGUGAUUUAAAUCGAAGACUUCAGGGUGACUCUGGGCAAGAUAAACAUUAAAUGUUUUCUGUUGUGAUGAUUUCUCACUUCUAUUGCAAUGGAAAGGAAAAGGUUUAUAAUGACAUUGUUGGGGUCCCAUUUAAAUUAGUGGUUAAGCUUGUAGAAACCUUGUAUGAUAGGUUUGGGGUUUUAUGUGCGCUAAAUUAUAGUCGGUUGGAUUGUUGUGGAUAUACUUAUGAUUAUGUGUACCAAGCCGGUCUUGUAUUUUCUUUGGGUACCUGAUAAAUUAUAUAUUGAGCAAUUGUUAAAGGGAAAAAAGAAAGAACAACGUUUGAGCUUUU